AUGAACUCAGCGCCACCCCCCAAUAAACGUCGCCGCAUAGACGCAGAGCCUGAACAGGGCAUGCUUCGGAAUCAUUCGAAGCUUUUUUACUCAGACGGGGACACCAUCAUUCAGUGCGAGUCGAUACUGUUUCGCGUUCACAUCAGCCGGCUCGCAGAUCAUGCCCAAUGGUUCAGCAAAUUCUUAACACCCGAACGCGAGCGCAAAGACAAUAUGCUGUUCCUCAGCCUGAAAGCCGGCAGUGACGACAUGGCCGCGUUCCUGACAGCGAUCUACGAUGGACUCCUUCCAGAUCCGGUGCUCACAGUGAACAAUUACAUCUAUUUCUGCAGUGUCCUCAAAACCGCGCACAGGUACGGUGCCGAAUCUAUCAAGAACGCCGUCCUCACGCGCUUUCAAGCGACUUGGCCUGCCAAACUCGAGGACCAUAUGGUGCACGUCCAG